UUGGCUAUACAUACUGUGUAUUGGAGGGAAUGGUGAGCGGUUAAUUUAAUUCCAGUGGAGGUAGCUUGACGAAGAAGGUGCGCAGAUUAAGAGAAUCAUCUACUUUCAGCCAAGUGGGCUUAGGUUAAACCAGUAGAGAGAGAAACUAGAGAGAGAAAGAGUUUCUGUCUUCUCUUUCCUCUCAUCGGAUGCGACUCGAACUCGAUCGACCAUGUCGAAGAUGAAACAUCUGUUUCGGAAGCUUCACAUCGGAGGUGGUUUCCAAGACAAUCACAGAUUGAGCCCUACUGAUGAGAAUCGACCCGUGGUUAACCCUCCACAGCCGCAGACGACGUCGUUGCCGUCGCCUUCGUUAGCGUCCUCCUCGUCUCCUUCGGCGGCAUUUGAGACCACCAGGGUCUCCGAUUCGGCGGAGAAUUCCGUUGAUUUUAACUUCUUUGAGGAGGAAUUUCAGGUGCAACUUGCGCUUGCGAUCAGUGUGUCCGAUCCAGAUGCGCGAGAAGAUGCUGAGACGGCUCAGAUCAAGGCUGCUAAGCAGAUAAGCUUGGGGUUUUCGCCGUCUGAAACCCUCGUGGAGUCGAUUCGAUAUUGGAGUUAUAAUUUUGUAAAUUAUGAUGAGAAAGUGAUGGAUGGGUUCUAUGAUGUAUAUUGCAUUACCCCCAAUUCGGUAGCACAAGGGAAAAUGCCGAUGCUUGUGGAUCUUCAAGCAGUAUCUGUUUCGGAUAAUAUUGAUUAUGAAGUUAUUUUAGUGAACAGGGCAAUUGAUCCUGAAUUACGACAGCUUGAGGAAAGAGUAUGUUCGAUACAUUUGGAGUGUCAGGUUUUGGAGCAGAGACCAAAUAUGAAUAGUUUGAUCCAAAAAAUUGCUGAUCUUGUUGUUGAUAGAAUGGGUGGUCCAGUCAGUGAUGCUGAAGAAAUGAUGAAAAGGUGGAAUAAAAGGAGUAAUGAAUUGCGGAACUUUCUGAACACUAUUAUCAUUCCCCUUGGCUGCCUUGAUGUUGGACUUUCACGCCACAGGGCAUUGCUCUUUAAGGUACUUGCUGAUAGGAUCAAUCUUCCAUGUAUGCUGGUCAAAGGUAGCUACUAUACUGGCACUGAUGAAGGAGCUGUAAACUUGAUUAAAAUCGAUAAUGGAAGUGAAUACAUCAUUGACCUAAUGGGUGCUCCAGGCACUCUAAUACCUGCUGAGGUGCCCAGUGGUCAUCUUCAAAAUUCUGGAUUAGAUAUGAGGACUAUUGCAGACAUCGCUGGAACUGUCAAGCAUUCGUGUCCAGUACUCGAAAAGGGUACUGGAACAGCACCAGUUUCAUAUGAUAUCGAUGGAGUCACCAAAAUUGGCAGUUCAAAUUUAGAAGCAUCGUUUGCAGGUGUUCGAUUAAAGGGGGUUGAUGGGAAUCUUCUUCAGAAAAAUCAAACAGAGAGGUUUGAGCAUGAUUUCGGGAAGCUUCUUCCAUCACUACGCGGAUCACAUGAAAGCUUGUCAGGUGCUACUGGGAAAUCAUCAGCUGCACAAAAGAUGAAAGUUAAAGAUGUUUCUAAUUACAUCAUCACUGCAUCAAAAAACCCAGAGUUCGCUCAGAAACUUCAUGCCGUUUUGUUGGAGAGUGGUGCAUCACCUCCUCCAGAUUUGUUCUUGGAUAUGAAUCCCCAGGAUCUGAGAGAACAGAAAGUGCUUGAGAAAAUAAAUCUGUUAAAUGGUGAAAAAUUGGAUGAUGGGACUCAAUAUUACCCAGAAAUGUUCUUGUCAAAGCAAUCUUUUAUACCCUCUAUUGGAGCACAGUCCUUUGACAAUGCUUAUUGUGACAGCAAUCAAAAGAAUUACUUGGGGGAGUCAGCAGCACAGCUAGAAUUGAGGUCCAGUGUCAUUAAUUCUGGACACUCUUUACCUUCUGAUCUUACAAGCGAGGGAUUUGUGCUAGUUAGUAGUGGAGCUAAUGAAUUGAUACAGACUGGUGACAUGAGUGAAGGUGUUGUUUCUGUUGAUUCAUCAGGAAUGGUUGCAAGAGCUUUGCACGGGAAACAAUCUAAUGACACUUCGAUGCUCUCUGGAGCGAAUUAUUAUGAAGGCAAACCUAAAAAUGCCCUUGCUGAUGAUGGUGAAUGUUACCACAAGGAUAAAAUCGGAAAGGUUAUAAAUAACAUUGGAAAAGACAAAGAAUCUGGUGUAAGAUUGACAGAUAUGGCCAAUCUGGGUGAGGUUGCGGAAUGGGAAAUUCCUUGGGACGAUCUUCAGAUUGGAGAACGCAUUGGUAUUGGUUCAUAUGGUGAGGUUUACCGUGCAGAUUGGAAUAGCACCGAAGUUGCUGUAAAGAAAUUCAUGGACCAAGAUAUCUCAGGCGAUGCACUGGUUCAGUUUAAAUGUGAAGUUGAAAUCAUGUUGAGGCUGAGACAUCCUAAUGUUGUCCUUUUCAUGGGAGCAGUUACUCGUCCCCCAAAUCUCUCCAUACUGACAGAGUUUUUACCAAGGGGGAGUUUGUUUAAGCUACUGCAUCGACCGAAUAUUCUACUUGAUGAAAAGAGGCGAAUGCGAAUGGCUCUUGAUGUGGCUAAGGGAAUGAAUUACUUGCAUACAAGCCAUCCAAUUAUUGUGCAUCGUGAUUUAAAGACUCCAAAUCUCCUAGUUGACAAAAACUGGGUUGUUAAGGUUUGUGAUUUUGGAUUGUCACGUAUGCAGCACCACACAUUCUUGUCCUCAAAGUCUACUGCUGGAACGCCUGAAUGGAUGGCACCAGAAGUUUUGAGGAAUGAACCAUCCAAUGAGAAAUCUGAUGUAUACAGCUUUGGUGUGAUUUUAUGGGAGUUGGUGACUUUGCAAAUACCAUGGACCGGGAUGAACUCGAUGCAGGUUGUUGGGGCUGUUGGGUUCCAAAAUAGACACCUCGAUAUUCCAGAAAUGGUUGAUCCAAUGGUUGCAGAGAUAAUUACAGAGUGUUGGCAUCUUGAUCCAUCAUGUCGGCCCUCUUUUGGACAACUCAUCACCCGUCUCAAGCGGCUUCAGCGGCUUCAGCGUCUAGUUGAAAGAACAUAAUCUCAUACAAAUCAAACAAUAAAAAUGACAGGAACGAGACUGUUUAUGGAAAACAGAGAGCCUACUUCUGGCUCAAAGAGCCAGAGCAGCACAGUUUUAGUUUCUGAAACCUUGUAGAUUCGAAGAACUAUAAAAGCGUACUGGAUUGGGAAGUGUUGGUUCAUUCGAAGCGGGGACUCAGCACAGCCAGUUCAGGAACACACUGGGCAUCCUCGGAAUUGAACAAAUGCACAAAGUGCAGGUGGGGAUACCAUUGGGUGGUAGCUUUUGGUAGUGAAAAUGGGUUAACCUGAAUCUAUAUCAAGGCAAGUUCAAAAAAAAAAAAAAAAGGAAAAAGAAAAAAUAAAGUACAUAAAACUUUUUCAUUUUGUAGGUUACUUUCGGUGGUAAAUGUGGGUAAUGUUAUCUAUAUGUAAGAAAGUCCCCUCAAAGGCAAAAAAGAAAAGUUCUUUGCAGUUACUGUGGCUCUGGAGGUAGUCAGGGAAGCAUUUGUAGCUUCGAAAUUGUAAAACAUUUUGAUUGAUCUCCGAAGGUUGUUUUGAAAACAGAAAAGAAACGAAAAUGAAAGAAAUAUUUGCAUGUCUUUCCUGUA